AUUAGACCUAAUCCGACAUACUAGAAAUUCAGGUUACUUGUGAACAUCUGGGCCCAGGACCAGACCCGGGAACCUGUGACCCAGGUAAAGAGCGCACCUGGAGAAGUACCCGGUAAUUACCGCUGUGCGGCGCCACGUGGUUGCGACAUGUUGAUUUGGCGUCUUUUUCACGUGCACUCCGUGUCAUCAUCAUCCUCAUCAUCCUCAUAAUCAUCCAGCUGGCUUUCCAACACGUCCCGCUUUCACAGAAGACGUCGUUAAGAGAGGAACCCCGGCGCGUUCUCGGAGCGUUUCAUCCAUUAAAGGUUUAUGGAUAAAUUAAGGGCGGUGCUGAGCGGGCGAGACGGAAACACUGACAGCACACCGAAUGUAAUCGAGGCAGUGAAUGAAGCGUCCACACUGUCAUGGAGGACACGGGUGAGAGGAUUCGCUGUCUGCAUGGGAAUCGGGAUCUUCUGCUCGAUUCUGGGCGUGUGCUGCCUGUUCUUACCCAAGAUAGGCCUGAUUCUCUUUAUCGUCCUUUACACACUGGGGAAUAUCUGCUCCUUAGCCAGCACCUUGUUUCUGAUGGGGCCGGUGAAGCAGCUGAAGAGGAUGUUUGACAAAACCAGAGUCGUCGCCACGGUGGUCAUGAUCGUGUGCCUGGUGCUGACGCUCUGUGCGGCGUUUUGGUGGAAGAUUUUCGCCCUGACGUUGCUGUUUGUUAUUUUGCAAGCCAUUGCGUUUGCUUGGUACGGACUCUCGUACAUCCCUUUUGCAAGAGAUGCCAUUUUGAAGUUCUUUUCCUCGAUGUGCAAAAUGUGCAUAAAAUGUCAGUGCGAUUGACAUUUCCUGAGGGUUCUUCUUUACAAGUUUGAUCCAGGACCUGUGUUUUCGAGUUUCAUGAUCACUAAACACACACACACCCACACACACACACCAACACCAACACUAACACUUUCCAUGGUCAUGCGUUCCAAUAUGGUGAACGCCUGACUGAUAUUCUACUACUUUUAUUUUUGCUUUUGUUGAAGGUAAAAGAAUUCAAAGAUUCAAGGUUUCUGGGAUCAUUCUCAUGUUCGGUUUUUAGUAUCUGGUACAUCUAUUAGAUCCAUAAAUCCCACGAACAGAGCCUUGUUUACUGUACUGAAGUUUUGGGCCUGUUUUGUUUUUCUCGUUGCUGUGAGAUUUUUU